AUGAGUCUAGAGGCUAGUGGACAUACAUUCCUCAUUCAAACACUUAGGUCUCCUUAUUAUUUUUGGACGGCAACGGGUAAUAGUUCAGGAUCUAAAAUCGAAAUUCAGGAGCAUAGUUUUGGUAGUCUUCAGUCUUGGACUUUAAAAAAAAUCAGCGAUAGUAAAUUCGCCAUUGUUUGCCUAACUCAUGGAGCUGAUUUUCUUGCCGUUACCUGCAAUGAUGAGGGUAAAGAUUACACCUUGACAACAUAUGACAAAGCAUCAAAUUCUCAACAAUUCUCUAUCGACUUUACCGAUUCAGGUGCAAUCUUUACAGAUAAAAAUGGUAAAUCAGCGUCUACAUCUAAUUCUGACUUCAAAUCUGAUGAUACAAUCGGUUCAUAUGAUAAAGAUACCAAAGUAUGGGGGACAAAACACGUUUAUGGUUAA